AUUUUUGAGAAAAAAAAUAAAAUAGACCUGUGGUAAGAUGAAUUUGAUAAGCAAGUAGUGAAAGCAACUAAACUCCUCCCAGGAAAUGGAGACUUUGACAGUUGAACCUGUCAAUAGCCAACCUUUGAUGCCAUUUCCAUUUUCUACCUUUUUCUUUCAUUCAUAACAGAUAACACUAACUUUCUCUCUCUUUACUUAAUGAUGGAUUCUUCUCCUCUUAUCCCUCCACCACCCCACGCCGAGAUCGACCUCGAAGCCGCUUCCGCCGAACAAAUUCAAUGCCGCAUUUGUCUUGAAUCUGAUGGUAGGGAUUUCAUAGCUCCUUGCAAGUGCAAAGGUACAUCAAAGUAUGUACAUCGAGAGUGUUUGGAUCAUUGGCGAGCGGUUAAGGAAGGGUUUGCAUUUGCUCACUGCACUACCUGCAAGGCUCCAUAUCAUUUGCGCAUUCAUGGUGCUGCUGAUAGAAGAUGGCGUACUUUGAAAUUUCGUUUUUUUGUAACCAGAGACAUUUUGUUUAUAUUUCUAGCUGUACAGCUUGUUGUUGCUUCACUGGCUUAUUUGGUUUAUCGAAUAGAUGGUUAUCAGCAGUAUUGGCUUCGUCUGGUUUGGGGUUUUGAUAGUGAGCUAAGCUUUUAUUAUAUUUGUGGAGCGCUGCUGUUUUUUGUGUUUCUUGGCCUGUCUGGGUGCUUUGUUACUUGUUAUGAUCGAAGAGUUCGCAAUGAUUUGGCUCAGCCUUGUCGAGAAAUAUGUCUUUGUUGCUGUCAACCUGGAGUCUGUGCUGACUGUCAUUUACCAGGUACUCUUUGUAUAUGGACAGAUUGCACUGCGUGCUUUGAGAGUUGUGGAAGCAUGGCAACUGAAUGUAGUGGUUGCUUGGGAGGUGCUGGGGAAGCAGGGCUACCAUUAUUAUUCAUAAUGGCUUUGAUUUUUCUGGUGCUCUUUACUGUAAUUGGGAUAUUUUACAGUGUAUUGGUGGCUACAAUGGUAGGACAACGGAUAUGGCAGCGUCAUUAUCACAUACUUGCUAAAAGGAUGCUUACAAAGCUUUGAUGAGUCUCAGGAGGCACAGUACUGCAGCAAUUAAGUCAUGGCCCCAAGAUAUGAAAGUAUAUUCAGGAAAAGGGAAAAGUGGUAGGGGCGGAGACUGUUAAGCUAAGUCGAAAUUGAGUGGGACCCAGAAGUAAUGGAGGAUGGGAGGUAGUUAUGAAGAGUGCAAGAACGUGACUGAGGGAGUGGGGAGCAAUUAGUUUAUGGGAAUGGGCCUUAGACUUGGGCAGGAAGUUGGCAUCCAUCUGCUGCAUCUUGCGAUCGUGUUCGUUUGUCUCUUUUGAAUAUUCUGCUUGAUUUCAUUUUCUACUGAUAUACUUUGUUUUUCGCAAUUUAAGUUCAGUAUAAUCAAUAAUGUCCUUUAUAUAUCACUACCUUUUGUGAUCAAGCUUAUACUGAAUAUCAUGGGACUUCAGUCAGUGUUGCUGUUUUGAUCGACUUAAAUAUAAUUUUGCAGUCUAAUUGAUAUUAAGUGAUCAACUGUUUGUCUUCUUUUUCCCUCCACUGUGUGUAGUGCAAUAUAUCUAGCACCCUGAAACCUAAUACCAACAAUGCAAACCCUUCAUCACUAGCCUACACCUAGUGGUUUUUAAUAUCAAUAUUCCCAUGAGGAAGUAAUGUGCAUGCUUGAUAGGUACUUAAACUGUACUCUUGAAUAUUCAACCAUCAUAUUGAACUAUUGAUUAUGAAACUGUUUGCGUA